GUUCCAUCUUAGAGAAGUGCGGCUUUUAGACCGUUGAUCUUCUUGGAAGCUGCUUCUUCAACUUGUUCAAGUCCUUGUUGAGUUUCAGUCUUUCAUAGCCUCUUCAAGUCUAGUCUCCUGUAAAGUCGUCGGUUGGUUCAGAGAGCUUAGCUCUUGUGCUCCUCAUCUUGUUCAUCUCAAGCCGUGUUUCUGUUCACUAGGGUGUCUUUGUAUGCAAUCUGAACCCUUUUCUCCCUUUGAACUUUUUGUCAGUCGUUUGAGGUUUUAGAGGGUGGUUUUGUGGUUUCCGAGUUUGAGAGUAGUGCAAUUUUUGGUCUUUGUGGAGAUCAUGGCUUAUGAAGAUCCAAGUCAUAUGCGUGUUUGGAAGCUGAGGAUUUACUACCUCCAAUUGUGUACCUAGCAAGCUCUCCUCACAAAUUGAUCAUCUUUAACUGUCCAUGGAAUCUGAACAAGUAAUUUGUGAAUUGUAGAGUUGCAGCUUUAGGAUAAAUUCUUACACUGGGUUAUGCUUUUAUCUGUUACCGUUGUAGGCUUUGCUUCAGAAAUGAUAUGGUCUUCUAAUUAGGGUGUUGCAGCUUUAGGAUAAAUUCUUACACUGGGUUAUGCUUUUAUCUGUUACCGUUGUAGGCUUUGCUUCAGAAAUGAUAUGGUCUUCUAAUUAGGGUGGUGCGUGCAGAUGUGUUUGUAGUUGUGUUAACCUCAGAUAGAAGUCAUAGAACGCAUACCUUUCGAACCAUGGAUCAAUUGAAUGACCUUUCGUCAUCUUUGAGCUUUGCCUCUUCUUAUCUGUCAAAUGGAUCAAGUGGUAACCAUGUGUCUGCCUCAGCCAUUUCUCAAAGUACAGAGCAUUUGAGUCUAAGCAGACUCAGUGAUAACCUUGAAAGGUUGUUGCUUGAUUCUGAAUAUGAUUAUAGUGAUGCGGACAUUGUUGUUGAGGGUGUUAAGGUUGGUGUCAAUCGGUGUAUAUUGGCUGCGCGUAGUCAAUAUUUUCAUGAGCUUUUUAAGAAGGGGAAUGAUGAUUCGAAGAAGGAAGGCAAACCGCAGUAUAUGAUGUCUGAAUUGGUUCCUCAUGGUGGAGUUGGCUGUGAAGCAUUCAAGGUAGUCUUGAACUAUUUGUAUACUGGAAAACUUAAGCCGCCGCCUCCAGAAGUAUCAACAGUAUCAACAUGCGUUGAUGAUGGUUGUCCCCAUGAUUCAUGCGGACCUGCUAUUAAUUACGCUGUGGAGUUGAUGUAUGCUGCUGCCACUUUCCAGAUGAAGGAGAUCGUUCAAGUCGUGCAGCGCCGACUUACCAACUUUGUCGAGAAAGCUCUUGUUGAAGACGUGAUCCCAAUUCUUGUAGCCUCUUUCUACUGUGAUCAGAAACAGCUGUUUUCACACUGCAUCGAGAGAGUAGCACGGUCUGAUCUUGACAAUGUGAUUCUAGAGAAAGAGCUUCCUCAUGAAAUUUUUUAUAGUAUUAAAUCACUCCGUCUCGAAUCUCAGCAACUGGAUGAUGCAAUUUUGGUGGAAAUGGAGCCGCUGGAGGAUAAGAGGCUUAAAGGCAUCAGAAACCUCCACAUGGCAUUAGACUCUGAUGAUGUUGAACUGCUUAAGCUUCUUCUAGAUGAGCCUGGUUCUGUAACAUUAGAUGAUGCUUAUGCUCUCCACUAUGCUGUUGCAUACUGUGAUCCGAAGAUAGUUAAAGAGGUUCUUGGUCUACAACUGGGCAAUACCAACCUUAGAAAUGCUCGAGGACAUACUGUACUUCAUGUGGCUGCAAGGCGCAAGGAACCAGCAGUCCUAGUUCCUCUUCUGAACAGCGGAGCCUCUGCCUUAGAAAGAACAUUAGAUGGUCAAACUGCUGUUGCAAUUUGCCGGAGGUUGACUAGACCAAAGGAUUAUCAUGAGAACACAAUGACGGGACAGGUGUCUAACAAGGACAGAAUAUGUAUAGAUCUUCUUGAGAGAGAAAUGAAAAGAAAUUCGAAGGCUGUGAACAUGUCAAACACAUCACAGGUGAUCAAUGAUGAUUUAAAUGCGAAGCUGGAUUAUUUUGAAAAUAGAGUGGCAUUUGCACGGUUGUUGUUUCCUGCUGAAGCCAAGCUUGCUAUGGAAAUGGCAGAUCAUCCAAAAUCAGGGUACAGUGGCCUAGCAUCAAAAGGCUCUAGUGGGAACUUGCGAGAGGUUGAUUUGAAUGAAACACCUUCUGUAAGAUCCAAAAGACUCAAAGAAAAAUUGCAAGCCCUUAUUAAAACAGUGGAAAUGGGACGGCGCUUCUUCCCCCAUUGCUCAGAAGUGCUCGAUAAGUUUUUGGAAGAUGAGAUGGAUAUGGCUGAUUACAUCCUUGAGAAAGGCACUCCUGAAGAGCAGCAAAACAAGAAGAUGCGCUUCUUGGAACUUAAAGAUGAUGUGCAAAAGGCAUUCAGCAGGGAUGUGGCUGAAAAGCAGGGUUCAGUUUUGACAGCCUCAUCAUCAUCCUCAUCGUCUCCGAAGGAGGGAAAAGGUCAAGUUAAUCGUAAGGUUAGGAAAAGGUGAAGUUAAUAAUAUUGUAGGACGCCAUAUUAUUUUUGAUAUAUAUUGUAGCUGUAUUUUGCUUUGA